UCUGAAAAAGCUAAUAAAGGAACCAAUGAGAAGUCAGAGACGUGAAUGAGGUGGGGUGAGGGUGAGAAAGAGGAAGAGAAUAUUUGAGAAAGUAUUCAAAAGGGCAAGAGAAGGACAGAGAGACAGAACAGAGCAGGGACAUAAGAAUAUUAGGUAGGUUGCUGGGAAGGCAUUUAGUUUCAUGCAUUUACUGUAUGAAUGAGAAAAAAAGGCCUUACAGGUAUAUUGACUUUUCAACACCCCAUAAGACCUGUUCCAUAGCAGUUAAAUUAGGGAAAGUUGAAAAGGUUAGAAGCUGGUGACAAGAAGAAAAGCUGGAAGUCAGAGAGGAGAGUCAGAACUGGAAGGGAAAUAAGCAUCUGAGUAGGUGGUGCAGGGUUUAGCGAAGGAGCAGAUUUUCUUUCCUUUAGAUGGUGACUGAAGGGAAGGUUUGUCUGUUGAUAGGAGAAGGAAGUCAGAACAGAGGUGUUGUGGGGUAAGUUUGUUUAGAACAGAAAUCAAAGACCAACUUUUCUGAGAGAAAGAACAUCUGCAAAUGAGAUGCUAUUUCUGCAACUUCCACUGCUCCUGGCUCUCCUCCCAGGUGGUAACAGUGUGGAUGGCUUCCAGGAGCCAAUCUCCUUCCAAAUCAUGUGGAGCUUUCUGUUUUACAACCGUUCCUGGGUACAAAAUGCGGGCUCAGGCUGGUUAGGUGAGUUGCAGACUCAUGGCUGGGACAGCAGCUCUGACACAAUCAUUUACCGGUGGCCUUGGUCCAAGGGCAACCUCAGCAAUGAGCAGCUGAUGGAACUGCAAAAUUUUUUUCGCAUGAACUUAAUUGCAUUUGUUCAAGGACAUCAUGACCAUGCCAGUCAAUGGCAGCUUGAAUAUCCCUUUGAGGUGCAGGUAGCAGGAGGCUGUGAGCUGCAUGUUGGGGAAGCCUCAGUAGGUUUUAUACAGGUUGCUUAUCAAGGAUCAGAGUCGCUGAGUUUCCAGAACAAUUCAUGGGUGCCCGCUCCAGAGGGUGGAAGGAGGGCUCAGCAGGUCAGCAGCCUACUCAAUUACUACGAAGUCGCCAGGGAAGAAACAUGCAAUAUGCUCAGUGACACCUGCCCAUGUUUCCUCUUGGGUCUUCUUGAUGCAGGGAAGGCAGAUCUCCAGCGACAAGUAAGACCAGAAGCCUGGCUGUCUCCUGGCCCUGAUCCUGGCCCUGGCCGUCUGAUGCUGGGUUGUCACGUCUCUGGAUUCUACCCAAAGCCUAUUUGGGUGGUGUGGAUGCGGGGUGAGCAGGAGCAACAGGGCGCUCAGAGAAGUGAUGUCUUGCCUAAUGCUGAUGGGACAUGGUAUCUUCGGAGUUCCUUGGAUGUGGAAGCCAGUGAGGCAUCGGGCCUGAGUUGCCGGGUGAGACACAGCAGUCUAGGAGGCCAGGACAUCAUCCUCUACUGGGAUCCUCAGAGCUCCGUGGGCUGGAUUGUCUUGGCAGUGAUCGUGCCCUUGGUGCUCCUGAUAGCUCUUGCGUUUUGGCUUAGGAAGCGCUGGACACACUGUGAACUUCUAAGUGGUCUUAUCCCUUUGGAAUGAAAUCCCAGCAGCCCAGGAGCUCAGGACACAUCCACACAGAACUCGGUGGUGAUGGCCUUUCCGCUUUCCUUGUACACCUGUUUUGGUUGUUGUUUAUUUCUGCUUAAUGAUCAAUGUCAAUAUAAGAUAAAUGUAAUUUUACAGGAUUUGUUGUUCUAACCUGGGUUAUGGGUCUUUAAAAUUCAAAAUUUAAAUUCUGAAUGGAAUGAAGUCCUAGGGACCUUCGUGUAUUCAAGUGUGAAUGGGUCAUCAGGCUUACUUCAUAUGUCACUCCCUCCAGAGGGCCUUCCCUGAUUCACGAGUGGAAGCUGUCUCUGCCUCGUCUGAACUCCCAUCACAAUUUGACUGGACUUUGCUAAAUCUCCUCCUCACUUCAGACCCUUUGUGGCCACUAUUUAGUUCUCUUUUCCCCUUCUAAUUUUUAAGCUUCUUGAGAGGAAAGUCCAUGUGUUUUUUACUGUAGGUAUCCCUGGCAAAAUAUCUUACUUUCAUGUAAUAUGUUCUCAGUAAAAAUCUGUGUUAAGUUUAUGCCAAUUUUAUAGCCUUUUAAAAAUUCUGUUUUUUACCUGCCAUCUUUGGAGUAGUCGAGACAUCUGAUGCUUUUCUGAUUAAGUCUUCUCACUUGGCCAAGAAACUUCAUACUUUCCUAGUUCCUUAGUGAUUUCGCUGAGCCCCUGGGGAGAAACACAGUUUUACCUCUGACCAUUCUUGUUAUUUAACUCCAGAGACUUAUUGUGGGUGAAAGUGUUGCUUCACGUAUUCUAAACAGAAAGAGGAAGGCAGAAUGUAGACCCUUAUUAUUCAGGGUGGUUCAUGGACGAGGAGCUGAGCUAGUUAGAAAUAUAGAAUCUUGCACCUUACCUUAGACUUCCUGAGUCGUAAUCUGCAUUUUAGCCAAAUCAGCAGGGGGUUCAUAGGUGCAUUGAAAUUUGAGAAGCACUAAUGUGGGUGACACCUGAGAGGAAGUGGGGGAGAAAAGAAGAUGGUCAAGAAAAGAGGACAAGAGUGUUGAUCCUGAGGACUGAAGUGAGAGCAAGGCAAGGGGAUUACAUAGAACACAUUCUUGCUAUUCACAGAUGUUGUUAAAGUCACUGGAAACAGUGAUUUAGUGAAAACUGAGAAAUUGCUGCUGGAGAAAGACGGGGUUAGGUUCCAGUGAGCUUCUGGUCAUAACAUUUUUGUCAACUAAUGAAUACAUAGCCUUGUUUUAUGUGUUUCUGUUUAAAGAUACUAUAUAUAUGUAAAAUUUCCAAACAGUGUUUUAAAUUAUAUGCAUUAUUUCUUUAUAA